UCCCUAGCUGCCAAUUGGGUGUUCGCUGCAGCGUCAUCGCGGGGUGCAUCGCCAGCUCACUCGUGUCCCCAACAUUCACCUUUACUCGCUAUCAGCCUUACCUUGCAAUUAGCACUGCGCUGCAGCACCCCAGUCACACACCGCCCCUCCCUCAAGAAGCAUCUGGCCAGGUAAGUCCACAUGUAACUGCUUGUUACUUCACGGUCUUUGCACUACCUGCCACUGCAUCGGUGGCCCUAGCUCCUGCCAUAAAUACCCCUCAUCAACACCUUCCCCUCCGAUCGUCAACAAACACCACUCACCACUUUCCUUUCACCACGCUCCGAACAUUUCACCUGCUCGUGAACAGUGGGUCUCCCUCUCCUCCCACCUCACCACCACUUCUAUGAACACCCAAUUGACCUCCAUCUCUAGCUAACUCUCACCACAACCUCACCUACUUCACCACACUCAACUCUACACACACCCACACAAACAUCAUGCCCUACGAGAAGAAGGCUGUUCACUUCGGCGGUGGAAACAUCGGCCGUGGCUUCGUUGCCGAGUUCCUGCACAACUCUGGCUACGAGGUCAUCUUCAUCGAUGUCAUGGACUCGAUUAUCGAGCAACUCCAGCAGACACCUUCGUACACUGUCACCGAGAUUGGUGAUGACGGUGAGCGCCAGUUCACCAUCAACCACUACCGGGCCUUCAACUCAAAGCACGAGAUGGACAAGGUCGUGCACGAGAUUGCUACUGCCGAUGUCGUCACAUGUGCCGUUGGUCCCAACAUCCUGAAGUUCGUCGCUGAUCCAGUCGCCAAGGCUAUUGAGGCUCGCGAGCUUGACUACCCCAUUGCCGUCAUUGCCUGCGAGAACGCCAUCAACGCCACAACCACAUGGAAGGGCUUCAUCGAGAGCAAGCUGAGCGAGAAGACCCUGGAGAACAUCGACAAGAAGGCCCGCUACGCCAAUUCGGCUAUUGACCGCAUUGUGCCACAGCAGGACAAGGACGCUGGUCUCAAUGUCAAGAUCGAGAAGUUCUUCGAGUGGUGCGUCGAGCAGAAGCCCUUCGAGAACGGCGGCAAGAAGCCCGAGAUCGAGGGUGUUCACUACGUCGAUGACCUCGAGCCCUACAUCGAGCGCAAGCUCUUCACCGUCAACACAUCACACGCUACUGCUGCCUACUACGGGCACAACCGCAAGAUCCCUUACAUUCACGAGGUUCUCCACAACAAGGAGCUUCACGACAUCGUCCGUGCCGCUGUCAAGGAGACCGCUCACUUGAUCGUCAACAAGCACGGCAUCUCUACACAAGAGCAGGAUGACUACGUCGAGAAGAUCGUCAAGCGCAUCUCCAACCCCACCCUCAAGGACAACGUCGAGCGUGUCGGUCGUGCUCCUCUCCGCAAGCUCUCCCGCAAGGAGCGUUUCAUUGGCCCUGCUGCUCAACUGGCUGAGAUGGGUGAGAAGGUCGAUGCUCUCCUCGGUGCCAUCGAGAUGGCCUACCGCUUCCAGAACGUCGAAGGCGAUGAGGAGUCUGCCGAGCUCGCCAAGAUCCUCAAGAACAACUCCGCCGAGGAUGUUGUCAACCAGGUCAACGGCCUCGACCGUACACACCCUCUCUUCGAGCAGAUCGUCCCGAUCGUCAAGAAGGUCCAGGGGAGCACCAAGGGCUCUUUGUAGCUCUAAGAAGGGCUCCGGGCACAUGAAGUGCGACAAGGCGUGAUUUAUUCCGGCGAAUGGAGCAAAAAGGUACUGAGCGAUGGUUCUACUUAACGGGUCUUUCCUAGCUUCUCACGAUACUCCCACAGCGAUCCCAUUUAGCGGGCUGUGACACGAAUGAUACAUGAUUGAUGAA